AUGGCCAGCCAAAACUCUGCUGACGCUCCGGUCGCUGCUGACCCUGUCACCCUUCCUGAUCGCUCUCAGAACCCCGCUGAAACUGAUAAGGCCGCUCCCCAAGGCGAAACCUCCAAGAAUGCCGCCAAGAAGGCAGCAAAGCUAGCAAAGCAGGCUGCUGAGAAGGCUGAGAAGGCUGAGAAGGCUGCGAACAAGGGCAUUGGAAAGUCGGAGGCUAAGAAGGCUACAUUGAAGGCACCUAAGAAGAAGAUUGAAGGUGCUGCUUUGAUCGGUAUCGAUGUCUCCAAAGAGGAGGACUUUCCUGGGUGGUAUCAGCAGGUUCUUACGAAGGGUGACAUGUUGGAUUACUACGACGUUUCUGGAUGCUUCAUUCUCAAGCCUGCUUCUUACUUUAUCUGGGAGGAGAUUCAGAACUGGUUCAAUGCAGAGAUCAAGAAGGUUGGCGUCAAGAACUGCUCGUUCCCUCUAUUCGUCUCCGAGGAUGUGCUGCAGAGAGAGAAGGAUCACAUCGAAGGUUUCGCUGCUGAAGUUGCUUGGGUGACUCAUGCAGGCAACACCCCUCUUGAGAAAAAGAUCGCCAUCCGUCCAACAUCAGAAACUGUUAUGUACCCUUACUACGCCAAAUGGAUCAGAAGUCACCGUGACCUGCCUCUCAAGCUCAACCAGUGGAACUCGGUCGUCAGAUGGGAGUUCAAGCAUCCCCAGCCUUUCCUUAGAACAAGAGAGUUCUUGUGGCAGGAGGGUCACACUGCUCACCUUACCGAGGAGGCCGCUCGCGAAGAGGUCCUACACAUGCUCAACCUCUAUGCUCAGAUUUACGAAGAGCUCCUCGCUGUUCCCGUCGUAAAGGGCCAGAAGACAGAUAAGGAGAAGUUUGCCGGUGGUCUUUACACUACCACUGUUGAAGGUUACAUCCCUGCUACCGGUCGUGGUAUCCAGGGUGGAACGUCACACGGUCUUGGUCAGAACUUCAGUAAGAUGUUCGGGAUCACCGUCGAGGACCCAUCUGCCAAACCCGAUGAAAAGAAGGCUCCUCUUUAUGUGUGGCAGAACUCGUGGGGUCUUUCCACCCGUACUCUUGGCGUUAUGGUCAUGAUUCACAGUGACAACCGCGGUUUGGUCCUUCCUCCUCGCGUUGCUGAGACUCAGACGAUCAUCGUCCCAGUCGGUAUCACUGCCAAGACUUCUGAUGAGGAGCGAGAGAAGCUCUACGCGGAGAUCGACAGCCUUGUCUCCCUCCUCAAGGUUGCGGGUAUCCGUGCCGAUAGCGACAAGAGAGAAGGCUACUCCCCCGGCUGGAAGUUUAACGACUGGGAGCUUCGUGGUGUCCCUCUGCGUAUUGAAUUCGGUCCUGGUGAGUCCGCCGGUCGUUUCGUCACGGCCGCUCGUCGUGACAUUCCCGGUAAGGAUGGCAAGUCUACUAUUCCCAUUGAUGAGCUGUCCACCGCCGUCCCUGCUCUGCUGGAUACCAUCCACAAGGAUCUGUACAAGCGCGCAGAUGACGAGUUCCGCGCUCAUCGCAAGCUCAUCACCAACUGGGAUGAUUUCACCCCCGCGCUCAAUGAGAAGAACAUCUGCGUCAUCCCUCACUGUCUCACAGAAGAGUGCGAGGAUCAGAUCAAGGAACUCAGCGCCCGCAAGGCGGAGGAGGACUCUGGUGUGCCUCAGGAUGCCAGGGCUCCCAGCAUGGGCGCUAAGUCUCUCUGCAUUCCCUUCGAUCAGCCCGAGGGCAUCAUCCCCGGCCAGACCAAGUGCACCAACCCCAAGUGCACCCGUAUGGCCGAGAAGUGGUGUAUGUUUGGACGUUCCUACUAA